GAUGGAGGUGUCACAGGUUCUGACAGAGGUUGGAGCACCUGGGAGACUUCUUUGACUCUGAUGCUUCUUGCGAUAACUUGAACGAUAAUGCUCUCUGCCACUCGAUGCUCGGCUGUGCUUAUACCUUCAGUGGGUCGCCACCAUUGCCUCCGACAAAUCAGAUACCCCUUGUCCACUUCUUCUGCCACGGCUUCUACCUCCAAUAUCCCUGAUGGAAUUGCUACCCUCGCUCUCAACAAUCCAAAGCGGCGUAAUGCAUUAUCUUCCUCCGUACUGUCGACAAUGCUGGAAAAACUCCUGAAAAUUAAAUCUGAUCCUGCUACCAAGGUCCUCAUUAUCAAAUCACUGGAUGACGAAUCCCAGUACAACGGCGUAUUUUGUUCAGGACAUGAUCUCCAGGAAUUAUCAUUCCAACCCGACAACGAAUCCAAAGAGGCCUAUCAGCACCGCCUACAAGAUUUGUUCCAAUUGUGCAGUCGCGUCAUGACAGAAAUCAAUACCUUUCCGGUUCCCACCAUUGCCCAAGUCGAUGGAAUUGCCACCGCCGCGGGAUGUCAAUUGGUGGCCAGCUGUGAUUUGGCCGUGGCCACGGUGUCGUCCCAAUUUGCCACACCCGGUGUCCGCAUUGGACUCUUUUGUUCCACUCCCGCCGUUCCAUUGGUACGGGCUGUGGCGAGUAGAAAACACGUCAUGGAAAUGCUGCUCACGGGAGACUUGAUAUCGGCCCAACGAGCCUACGAAAUUGGAUUGAUCAAUCGGAUUAUUAUUGUCGCAGACGAUGAUGACAGCCAUCAUCAUGUUGAGGACGACGAUAACGACAAAUUGCAACGACAGCAACAAGUAUCCAGGAUGUUGCAUCAAGAGGUACAGAGUCUCGCAUCCACAAUUGCAGAAAAGUCUUCUCCGUGCAUUCGGUCCGGUCUGCAAACUCUUCGUGAGCAACAGGGGAUGCUUCUGACAGAUGCGUAUCCUGUGGCGGAACGAACCAUGGUGGAAAAUCUCUUGAAUCCAGAUGCUAAGGAAGGCAUUGACGCCUUUUUGAACAAACGCAAGCCCAAAUGGACGGGUCGGAAAGACAGAUAGCCAUUGUUCUGCUCAAUGCACCACACAAACAAUUCACGAUCCCGCGUUUUUAGCGGAGCUACAAUCUUCAGUGUUCAGAGCUGUCAACUCAACAACAUACUAUGCCGCUGACGGGGUGAAUUCCUUGGUGGGGAUGUUGGGGGAACUCUAGAACCCUUUGGGUCAGUUUGUUUAGCUGCAUUGCUGCUCCAGUUCCAGAUGCAUAGACUUUAGACUACUGGAUUGUGUCCGACAAAAAGGAGAAAAGGAGAGCAUCAUCUCUGCACAAGAUUUGUGUGUCUGCAGCUUGACAGUUCGGGGCCUGAAGUUAGAUGACUUCACAUUCGUACAAUGCUUGACAGUUCGGGGCCUGGAAAUAUUACAUGACUUCACAUUCGAAGAGCGGUAAAGAAUGAGCGGAUGGUGGUUGAUCAAUCCAGUCCCAGGGCUACCAAUGUUGUUUUCAGCGUAGGAUUGAACAGUCAAUCUAAGACAAACUUUCAUGAUUAGUUUAACAGCUACAAGGAAUACGCGUUGGCCCAGCUGGCCAUUGUCUGAAUGUUUCUUGGCUUCGGAUGCAACUUAUAGCUAUUGGUCAGCCCCAAGCAAUGGUUUGAUUACAAAGUACCCUCUUCGUCCGAGUUUGUUCCUGGAUCGGAAGCAUCCUCCGUAGAAUCUGCUGUAUCA